CCAUCUAACCCCAGACUUUUCCCCUCCCCUCCUCUUCCUCCUCCGGCCCAGCCGCCAGGCGCUUCCAGAAGCUUCCGCCGCCGAUCGGAUCGGAGCAGAGAGGGCGGCCGCAGCCAUGGCCGACGAGGCGAAGGCGAAGGGCAAUGCGGCCUUCUCGGCCGGCCGCUUCGAGGAGGCGGCGAGGCACUUCACGGACGCCAUCGCGCUCGCCCCGGAGAACCACGUCCUCUACUCCAACCGCUCCGCCGCGCUCGCCUCUGUCCACCGCUACUCCGAGGCGCUCGCCGACGCCGAGAAGACCGUCGAGCUGAAGCCCGACUGGGCUAAGGGGUACUCCCGCCUCGGAGCCGCCCACCUCGGCCUCGCCGACGCCGCGAGCGCCGUCGCCGCCUAUGAGAAGGGCCUCGCGCUCGACCCCAGCAACGAGGGCCUCAAAGCCGGCCUCGCCGACGCUAAGAAGGCCGCCGCCGCCCCGCCGCGCCGCCCCCCGCCCAGCGGCGCUGACGGCAUAGGCCAGAUGUUCCAGGGGCCCGAGCUCUGGACCAAGAUCGCCUCCGACCCGACCACGCGCGCAUACCUUGAGCAGGCCGACUUCAUGCAGAUGCUGCGAGAGGUGCAGCGGAACCCCAGCAGCCUCAACAUGUACCUCUCCGACCCCCGAAUGAUGCAGGUGCUCGGCCUCAUGCUUAACAUCAAGAUCCAGAGACCAGACGCCUCUGAAUCGUCGCAGUCUAGCCCCCCACCGCCGCGGUCUCAGCAGCAGCAGGAUCAGCCGGAGACGAAGGCGAGGGAGGCGGAGCCAGAGCCGGAAUCGGAGCCGAUGGAAGUGACCGAUGAGGAGAAGGAGCGGAAGGAGAGAAAAUCGUCUGCUCAGAAGGAGAAGGAGGCGGGGAACGCAGCUUACAAGAAAAAGGACUUUGAUACUGCGAUCCAGCAUUACACAAAAGCCCUGGAACUUGACGAUGAGGACAUUUCCUAUCUUACCAACCGUGCAGCAGUCUACAUUGAAAUGGGAAAGUACGAUGAAUGCAUUAAGGACUGUGAUAAGGCUGUGGAAAGGGGAAGGGAACUUCGUGCUGAUUUCAAGAUGAUCUCAAGGGCGCUUACAAGAAAAGGAACAGCCCUAGUCAAACUUGCUAAGACCUCUAAGGACUAUGACAUUGCCAUUGAGACUUUCCAGAAGGCUCUGACUGAGCAUCGAAACCCAGACACUCUAAAAAGGCUAAACGAGGCUGAGAAGGCAAAGAAAGAUUUGGAGCAACAAGAGUACUAUGAUCCAAAGAUCGCAGAUGAAGAGAGAGAGAAAGGUAAUCAGCUUUUCAAGGAGCAAAAAUAUCCAGAUGCGGUAAAGCACUACACUGAGGCUCUCAGGAGAAAUCCCAAGGAUCCGAGGGUGUACAGCAAUAGGGCUGCAUGCUACACCAAGUUGGGAGCUAUGCCUGAAGGUCUUAAAGAUGCAGAGAAGUGCAUUGAGCUAGACCCCACCUUCUCCAAAGGGUAUACAAGGAAAGGUGCAAUUCAGUUUUUCAUGAAAGAAUACGACAAGGCAAUGGAAACUUACCAGGCUGGUUUGAAACAUGAUGCGAAUAACCCAGAACUGCUGGACGGUGUGAGGAGGUGUAUCGAACAGAUCAACAAGGCCAACAGGGGUGAUUUGAGUCAGGAAGAGAUUCAGGAACGACAGAACAAGGCUAUGCAGGAUCCAGAGAUCCAGAACAUUCUUACAGAUCCUAUCAUGCGACAGGUGCUGAUAGAUUUGCAGGAGAACCCUAGGGCUUCUCAGGAGCAUCUUAAGAACCCUGGAGUGAUGCAGAAGAUUCAGAAGCUUGUAAGCGCUGGAAUAGUCCAAAUGAGAUAGUUGGCCAAGCUAGAAAUUAUGUUCGUGUCCAUGUGCAUCGCCCCAUAAAUUUUCCAUGGUCAGUCUUUGUGGACUUAGGAUCUACACAGUUUGGGGCUAAUCUCCAUUCGCAAUUGGAUUUUGUGAGUGCAGCUUGUCACUGGAUUGUUAGUUGCUGUGGCACCCGUGCAACAGCUUCAGGGGCAUGUUCCUAUUUGUUCGUCCUAAACAAUUGCAUUACUUAAUGACAAUAGUCAAAUUCUGGAGUA